AUGGCUUCCCGGCGAUUACCCAGAGCUGCUUCAUGGCGCUGCAAACCACUCUUUCGUAACUGCGGUUCCUCCUUCCACGCCCGAUCCAACCAUACCAGCUCUAACGCUGCAAUCAAAUCCUUAGAUUCCAUCCUCAUCGCAAACAGAGGUGAAAUCGCCAUCAGAGUGAACAGAACUGCCGCCAAACAUGGCAUUCGGACCACUACUCUAUAUACCAAUCCAGACGCUCUGUCUCAACAUGCCCAUUCUUCUCCCUUCUCCUUCAAUCUCGGCGCUACUGCUGCCUACCUUGACCAAGAAAAGAUUCUGAAAAUAGCGAAGGAGCAAGGUUGUCAGGCUAUCCAUCCUGGAUAUGGGUUCCUGUCUGAGAACACCGAGUUCGCCAAACGUUGUGCUGAUGAGGGAAUCAUAUUCAUUGGGCCCCCUGCCGGUGCCAUUGAAGAUAUGGGUGACAAAGCUAGAAGCAAGGAGAUUAUGAAUUCAGCAGGUGUGCCAUGCGUACCUGGGUAUCACGGUGCCGACCAAGCUCCCGCAACUUUGGCAGCAGAGGCCGAGAAGAUCGGAUACCCUGUUCUCAUCAAAGCCGUGCGAGGUGGUGGUGGUAAGGGCAUGAGAAUCGCCAAAUCAGCUCAAGAAUUCCAAGAGAUGCUCGACAGUGCAAAGAGUGAAGCAAGAAAUUCCUUUGGUAAUGACGAAGUCCUGGUUGAGAAGUAUAUCACCACUCCCAGACAUAUAGAGGUUCAAGUCUUCGCCGACAAGCAUGGAAAUUGUCUAGCACUUGGAGAGCGAGAUUGCUCCAUUCAGCGACGCCAUCAGAAAAUCCUCGAAGAGUCACCAGCCCCAAAUCUAGAUGACACAAUACGCAAGGAUAUCUGGGGCAAGGCCAGAGCUGCGGCACUAGCUGUCAAAUACGAAGGAGCCGGUACUGUCGAGUUUAUCUUUGACAACGACACGGGUGAGUUCUUUUUCAUGGAAAUGAACACUCGACUCCAAGUCGAGCAUCCCGUCACUGAGAUGGUGACUGGUCUGGAUCUGGUCCAUUGGCAAAUCCUCAUCGCCGAAGGCCACAAAUUGCCCUUGACCCAAGACCAAGUGGAGCAAGAGAUCUUGAAGCGAGGCCAUGCUAUUGAAGCCCGAAUCUACGCCGAGAAUCCGGACAAGGGCUUUAUACCAGAUUCUGGAACUCUUCUCCAUGUCAGCCUUCCUAUGGAGACAGAAGAUGUACGUAUCGACAGCGGCUUUGUUCAGGGUGAUGAGGUCUCCAGCCAUUACGAUCCAAUGAUCGCCAAGCUGAUUGUCAGGGCCGAUACUAGAGAAGCCGCUCUUCGUAAGUUGACGGUAGCUCUUCAAGAUUAUCAAGUCGCAGGCCCAGUCACGAAUAUUGAUUUUCUCAAAAGAAUAUGCAGAUCUCCGGAUUUUGUAUCUGGAGAUGUGGAAACAGGCUACAUCGAGAAGCACCGGCCUGAGCUUUUCCCCAAGGCAACUCUCAGUGAUGAGGUUCUAGCAGAAGCUGCCAUAGCUUCGUUUUUGCAAUCGGUAAAGCAGAAUUGUAAUCCGUCACGCCAAUCACUACAAUCAUCCUCCCCCUCAUGGCUAACAACAUCUGCCGAUUUUCAACCACGAUCCUUCCAUUUUCAAUCGGCAGACUUCGAACCAGGUCCGGGGAAGACCCCAGAUAUACACUCUGUCGAAGUGCAUCAAACGAGUCCAGGACACUUUACUGUCUCGACAUCGUCCGGUUCUGUCCCUUUUGCAGUAACAUCCACACUUGACCAUUCGACAAAUACUCUCACAACCUACUUUCCACAAACUCGCCACACAUCACGAGUGGUAUUCUCGCCUUCUUCUGGAGUGAUCAACCUCUUCACUCCUGUUGGGUCAUUCCGCUUACAGCCAUCAUCUCCUGGAUGGCUUGCUAAAGCUCUAGGUGUCGUUGAAAAGGCCAACUCGCUGCUUUCACCGAUGCCAGCCAAGAUCCUUCGUGUUCUUGUCCAACCAGGAGAUAUGGUCAAGAAAGAUCAACCACUUCUGGUGAUUGAGAGCAUGAAGAUGGAAACAGUGAUACGCAGCCCAGCCGAAGGUGUCGUUGUGAAGAGGGUUGUUCACGGUGAGGGCGACGUAGUUGGUAGUGGUGUUGAGUUGGUAGAGUUCGAGGAACAGACCAGUGAUGGCGAAUCCUCCGCCUGA